UAUAUAGAUAGUUGAGGUCCAAAGGGAAGAGUGCAGGGUUAACCGAAGAGAAACAAAGCAGACGAAAUUAAAGAUGAGCCACCAAGCCCAUGGCCCUCACUGGACAGGUGAUCAUGGAGUAUCGGAAGAUAGGGAUGGCUUUCACUUCCGUGCAAAAGCUUUGGACAUAACGUGGGGCAAUGACUCAAGGUUCUGGCAGUGGGUGCGCCUAAACAAACAUGAAUCAAGUAAGUUGAAGUUUGAUGAAGGUGCAGAGCUCAUUCAGGUGAACUGGAUUGAAGUGAAGGGGACCUUGGAUGCAAAGAAAAUCUCUCGUUCAACAUAUGAGGUCCAUUACAUGAUCAAGUUUAAGGAUGAUGCGUUUGGGUGGCACUCAUCCCACAUCACAUUUCAAGUGACCUUACCAAACGGGCAAAAGAGCAGGAAAACUCUAGUCUUGGAGAAUUAUAGAAAAGCGUGCAACGUAUGGCAUGAGAUCCAUGGUGGGGAGUUCAGCUUGAUUUCCGGCACCAGGGGCAAAGUGGCGUUUAGCAUGUAUGGAGAUGAUAGUGAGUGGUGGAAGGGAGGGAUCAUUCUCGGAGGUGUAACAAUCAAGCCUAAACAGGCCUAAGAUCGAGCUUUCAUUAGAUAAAAGUUGAUGAGUUUGGAUCCUCUACCAUGCAUGCUUUGCACCGCAGAGAGUUGUACAUCAUCACCACGUCACCCGAUCAUAGAGAUGGAUAGCUAUCAAAUAGCAUAGGAAUCCUUUUAUUAGUGUUGAUGAACAUGUUGCUGUUCUAAUCCUAUUUGGUUACUUUGACAUGUAAUAUUGUCGCUGCCUGGCUUUUAUAAUUCUAUAUGAUUUACUCUUAUGUGCAUUGGAUUGGAAUA